CCUUCUCCACAGGUUUAUAAUAAAAGCAGCAGCUACUCACCACAAACAUUAGUGAAAGAAUGGGUCUCUCUCAGGAGCUCAGUGAACUCCAGCACUGUGGUACAGUGAUAGGAUGCAGCACCUGUGGAACAAGUCCAGUCGUGAAAUUUCACUACUCACUACUAAAUAUUCCACAGCCAACUGUCAGUGAUAUUAUAACACAGUGGAAGAGACUGAGAACAACAGCGACUCUGUGCUCCGUCACUGUAAAACGUUCUGCAGAGUCACUACAUCACUACACACCUCCAAACUUCAUGUAGCUUCAGAGUUCAUCAAUCACUACACACCUCCAAACUUCAUGUAGCUUCAGAUUAGAUCAACAACAGUAGAGAGUAGAGAGACUCAUGGAAUGGAGAGUUUCUAUGAUGGAGCAGCUUUAUCUAGGCCUCAAAUCAAACACAGCAAUGCAGGCAAGUGGAAACAUCAUGAGUCAGCAUCAGUAUUGUUUUAUUGGGCUAUAAAAGGAAAGAUAGGUACAACAACCAGGAAACAAGAUCUGGACUUUGUUCGAGCGGCUCUGAGACAGUUGUGUCUCUCUUGCUGUGAGUUCAGUAAAAUGGCAGAAUCCAGUAUUUCAGUGGUUCAGGAUGAGUUUAGCUGUUCAGUCUGCCUGGAUCUCCUGAAGAAUCCUGUUACUAUUCCCUGUGGACACAGUUUCUGUAUGGUGUGUAUUAACAAGUGCUGGGAUCAGGAGGAUCAGAAGAAGAUCUACAGCUGCCCUCACUGCAGACACACCUUCACCUCAAGACCUGUCGUGAGGAAAAACACCAUGCUGGCUGAGGUGGUGGAGAAACUGAAGAAGUCGAGACUCCAGGCUGCUCCUCCUGAUCACUCUUCUACUGAUCCUGAAGAUGUGGAGUGUGAUUCCUGUACUGGGAGAAAACGCAAAGCCGUCCAGUCCUGCCUGGUGUGUCUGGCCUCUUUCUGUGAAGCUCACCUCCAGCCUCACUACCAAUCUCCAGCCUUUAAGAAGCACAAGCUGGUCAAAGCCUCCAGACGACUCCAGGAGCAGAUCUGCUCUCAGCACGAUAAACUGCUGGAGGUUUACUGUCGCACCGACCAGCAGUGUAUCUGCAUGCUGUGUACCAUGGAUGACCAUAAAGGACAUGAUACAGUGUCACUUGCAGCAGAAAGAUCCCAGAAACAGAAGCAGGUGUUGGAGGAACAGAGGAAAUACAAGAAGAGAAUCCAGGAGAGAGAGAAGGAGCUUCAGGGGUUAACAGAGGCUGUGGAGACUCAAAAGCGCUCUGCUCAGACAGCAGUGGAGGACAGUGAGAAGAUCUUCACUGAGAUGAUCCUCUCCAUUGAGAGAAGACGCUCUGAGGUGAGGCAGAUGAUCAGAGAUCAGGAGAAAGCUGCAGUGAGUCGAGCUGUAGAACGUCUGAAGAGACUGAAGCAGGAGAUCACAGAGCUGAAGAGGAGAGAUGCUGAUCUGGAGAAGCUUUCAUUCACAGAGGAUCACAUCCAUUUCCUCCAGAGUUUUCAGACUCUCUCAGCUCCUCCUGGAUCUUCAGCAUCACCUGCUUUUACUCUCAGUCCUCUCCACACUUUUGAAGUUGUUAUGAAAUCUGUUUCUCAGCUGAGAGGAAAACUAGACGAAUUCUGGAAAGAGGAAUUUGAGAAGACAUCAGCUGCAGUGAAGGAAGUGCGGAUCAUUCUUCCUGAACCCAAAAGCAGAGAAGACUUCCUGCAGUAUUCCUGUCAGCUCACACUGGAUCCAAACACAGCCCAUAAACAGCUCCUCCUGACUGAGAGGAACACAGUGGUGACCCACAGCAACACAGUCCAGCCAUAUCCUGACCAUCCAGACAGAUUUGAUGUAUUUCCUCAGGUUCUGUGUAGAGAGAGUGUGAGUGGACGCUGCUACUGGGAGGUUGAGUGGAGAGGAGAUGGAGGGGUUGAUAUAGCAGUGUCUUAUAAAAGCAUCUCCAGGAAGGGAACAGGCGGGGAGUGUGUGUUUGGAUGUAAUAAUGAUCAGUCUUGGAGAUUGUUCUGUCAUUCCUCCAGAUACAUAUUCAGUUACAAUAACAGAGAAACUGUAAUGUCCGGAGUGCCCGUCUCCUCUAGAGUAGGAGUGUAUGUGGAUCACAGAGCAGGAACUCUGUCCUUCUACAGCAUCUCUGAUACCAUGACCCUCAUCCACAGAGUCCAGACCACCUUCACUCAGCCGCUCUACGCUGGGUUUUGGUUAAACAUCGACUCAUCAGUAAAUCUUUUACUUUCAGCAAAAUAGAUGAACAUGCAGAACAAAGAGAAGAGCUGGAUGAGAUCGGAUAAGAACUGCAGAAUCUAGACUGUAGAGCUGAUCAAAUACAUGUAUAAUAGUGAGGGGCGAUAUUGAAAGAAAAGUCUAUAUUUGUUCAAUAUUUGAAGCGAUUCUCUAUUAGUAUUUACAGAAAAAAAUGGAUUUAGUUUCUUUUAUUUGUAGAUAGCAAUCAAAAUAGUAACAAACAGCACUAUUUAGAGUAGAAAAGCACUAUUUUCAGUGAAAACAUUUAAUGUGAUCAAUCACAACAGUACUUUUCUUACACUUUUUCCUCUUUUUAAGGCUUAAGAUUUUAACAGUGGGUUUAAAUGUAAAUAAAAUAAUCAAUGUUCGAUUGGUAAAGUGGAAUUAUGUUUACAGUAGUGGGAUCAAGCACUUAAUGUAAUUUUGCUAGAAACCGUUUAAUUCUUGCUCUUGUUGAAAUACAGUUUUAUAUGCUGCUGCAUGUGAAACUGUUCUUCUACCUGCAUCGCCUGCAUUAAUCAAUAAACGAAAACAGAAAAAAAAAACGAGUGAAUCAGGGAAAAAAAAACCCGGACUGACAUCAAAUCGUCAAAUAGGAUUCAUGGCCCCGCCCACCUUGGCUUGAGACUGCCAACUGCAAAGCCACAUAGAAAGAAGCGUCACAUUGCUAUUAGCCAAUCAGAGGGGACACAUUUGCAUGUCAUGAAUAUUCACAAAUAAUAACUAAAAUUCUGACAUUAUUCUGCACCCACCGAACCUCCACCCAACUGAAUCAGCCUGAAAAAACACUUUUUUACAGAAACUGACUCAGAUUAAUGUGCAAAAAAGAAUAAUGCAACAAUUAUUUAUUUUAAACCUGUGCAAGCACAAUGAAACUCGAAUGAAACUAUGAAAAUAUAAAAAUAAAUGUUUAAUUUAGCUAUUUUUUCUAUAAGAGUAGGAAGCAGCUUUCAUAUUGAAAACAGUUGAAACAUAACCCCUUAUAUUUCAGCUAAUGAAAAGCAUAAAACAUGCAAAUCACUUCCACAAUAAAAGAGUGAUCCUCAAAAUCUCUAAUUAAUUUUGAUUAACCGCUCAGCACAAAGUUAUAAUGCACUUUUUUUACGUAGUUUCAUGUAAAGUUUUUAGAAAUAUAAUAAUCCAGAUAAUAAUGGAAUGGUUUGAACACCAUGGACGUUAAAGCUAAAUGUAGAUUAUUAGAUAUAGAGUAGAUGAUUUUGUAGUAAAGGGGGGAUUUUUUUUGAAGAGGACAGUGUGUGAUUAAAGUCAAACUAACAUUGAUUAAUUACUGAGAAAUAAAAACACAGGAGAAACGAACAUAUUCAUAUUGUGUUGGGUAAUAUUGUAUUGGUUAAUGUUGCAUUGAUUAAUAUUCCAUUGGUUAAUCGUGCAUUGGGUAAUAUCAUAUUGGUAAAUUUUGCGUUGUGUAAUAGACAUCAUUCCUGCAUUUAGUUUUUUGGAAGAAAUUGACAUGAUGAGUUUUGAAUAUAAGAUGGACCAUCCAGACUGUUCUCAGCAACACGUCCAAAAGCCAGGUUCUGUCAGGGAUCUGUUAGUACACUCCUGUAAUGGAUGGUAUUUUCUGAAAGUGGUGGAAUUUGUUGGAAAUCAUUAAAUAAAUGUGUGAUUUUUGGAAUCACAACUGAUCAUACUUCUCAUCGCUGUAACAUAAAAAUAUUUACUCUCUAAAGUAGCAACUUACAAUCUAAAGAAUAACUAACAGCUUUCAAAACUAUAAACUUGAGAUAAAAUACAUACAAGGUUUUUGUGUGACAGCAAUGUUUUUCUGUUUUUCUUUUAUAAAUGUUUUUCUGCUCUGUUGAAUGUUCAGCAUUUUUAUUUUGAAUGUACUCAGACUGUAUUCCGUAUUAAGACCUGUUAUCUUGUCAUGGUGUGGGGUAUACUAUCAUGUAAAUCAACAAUUGUUGUGAUUAAAAAUAAAUUCACUUUUAAAAGGA